GAAAUACUUUGCACAAUACUAUGAUUCAAUAAUAUUAUAGUAUAAUAUCUUCAAACCCUCCUCUGUCUGUGGUGGUUGAUAAAUAUAAAACUACUGAUUCGUUUGAUCUUUUUCUAAAUUAAAAAGAAAAGAAAAAGGCCAGAAACACACUUUUUUUUUUAAAGAAUCAAAUUAGAAUUUCUCCAAAAUGAUUUGCAAAAUGCAAGGAACUCUAUGUCCUUAUGAAAAUAUUUAUGUUAAUGGAUCCCAAAAACUUUUAAAUAAAAUGCAAUCUUCUGCAGAGUUGUUUUUAGCUGUUAGAAAGCAUUAAAGGGGAAGAAGAAGUCGUUUCCUCUUAGUGAGGUCUGCUGAUCUCCUUUGGAUUAAAACACUGACUCGACAUUAGCUUGUUCUGCUUUCAUGCACAACAGAAGUUGAUGCUAAAGAUGGAGGACAUGCAACAUUCUUUUGGCGCUUUCAAAAAGAAUUCUUCAAAUUCAAAGGACAACAAGGAGGAGGAGUUGGUUUAUGUUAAUCUACAGAAGAAAACGCCUAAAACCAGUGAAACACAAGUCCAAGCAUCCAGCAGAAAGUCUCGCGUCCUGCUGGUGUCUUUGGGGAUAAUCUGUUUCUUCCUGUGUCUGAGCAUCAUCAUCAUCAUCAUCUGUUAUUUCGUCAUUGAAACAAACAAACAGAAGCAAAAUCUCAGUGACCUGGAAGCAAAAAAUGAGCAGCUGACUUUGGAGAAGAGAGAUUUACAAAUCCAAACUGAAGAUCUGAGGAUGAACAUGACAAAACUAGAGAAUCUGACUGAGCAUCUGACUGCUGAGAAGAAGUUCUUUGAGAACCAAACCAAGGAGAUGACAGUUAACAUGACAAUCCUACAAACGCAGAUCGAGCAGCUGAGAAACAACACUGACAGACACAACAGGACGAAAACAGCAAUCAUCAAAUAUUCUACUUUUCCGGUAGAUUUCUUCUGCUCUGAUGGAGUUUGUAAGGCGUGUCCCAAAGACUGGAUUCAGUUUCAGGAAAGCUGCUAUUUUUUCAAUCAUUCCCCUUCUCCAUGGAAAACAUGGGAUGAAAGUCGACAGCUUUGCCAAAGCAACAAUUCAGACCUGGUGGUUAUCAGCAGUCAAGAGGAACAGACAUUCGUCAAAAGCACAAUAGAAUACUACUAUGACACCUGGCACGGAUACUGGAUUGGUUUAAGAAGAAUUAACAACAACUGGACCUGGGUGGAUGACAGUCAAGACACACUUGGGUACUGGAACAACCCAGGGAGCUCAGACAAUUUUACACUUAUAAUCAAAAAUUCAACUGAGAAUCAGAGCUGGUACAUAAACCAAAAUAGCUCUCAGAACAGAUUCAUCUGUGAGAUUAAAUCUUUAAUUUUCUAAUUUCUAAAACAAAAAUGGAUUCACAAAUUCACAUUGAUCAUGUGUAAUAUUGCAUUACCUGGAAAUACUUUGAGUAUGUCCAAGGCUAAAUGGUUUUCUUGGUCACAUGUAUUCAAAAUUAAAGCUAAACUUUAGUUGUCACACACCUCGAUGUGUUAAAUUUGUUUUGCACAGUUGACCCAUCCCUUUGGGUAGCAGUGAGCUGCAGAAACAGCUAACUCUCUUUAUUUUUAGCACAACUCAUCUAAAGAGGGGAAUUGAAAGAAAUAGCAGGGCUACUGAGUUUUUUUCGUUUUUUUUUUUUUCGUUUGUUUUACUUAUCUCUUUUUUUUUUGUACUUGCUUCUUCUCAUCCUGCAUUAGUGAAGUUUUCUCGGGAAAUAUCAAUUAAAAUUUCCCUAGAACAUAAUAAACCAGUUUGUCAAAAAGGGCUAGUACAGGCCAUUUACUAACAUUUUCAGGUAAAUUUGUGUAUAGCAUAGUGUCUUUAAAUAAAAUUGAUUGUACCACCCCAUGGCUCUGGCUACUUCUAUCUGUGCAAGCAAAAUAUGUUGAAGAUGGGGUAGAAAUAUAGAUUUUUUUUUAACAUUUUAAAUACAUUAAAAAUGUGUCAUCUUUAUAGGAACUUUCUGAGCACGUUUUACGCAAUACAUUCCUUUUAGCCGUACUGACGACUGUGUCAACUUGUAUAAAAAUAUUUUGUCUGUCUUUUGCAGUUCAACUUUCUGCAUGUAAUAUAACAAUUCAAUGACACUUGUUAUAAAUUUUGAAGCAUUAAAGGUUUACUUGUAUCUAUAUUGUGUUUCUGGCUUCUAUGCUGCCUUAAAACGUAAAUGAAUAUAAUAUGAAUUGGAACAUUUGUGAUGGUUUCCAUGACUGAAAAAAAGACAACAUUAAACUACCAUAAACAAGACGGAACUUAAGGACAGCAGGAUGCAAUACGACGGCACCCAAAACAAAAUUAAAACAUAGAAACUUUUCUUAAAACAACAUAAUAUUCCUUGGAUGCAAAAGCUGUCAAAUAUAACAUUUUGAGAGCUCUGCAAUAAGUCCAUAAACCUUCAUUAAUCAGUGUUCAUAAAAGACAAUCUGCCCUUUUCUUAAACCAUCCAAAAUCAUGAAGAUAAAACAUCCUCUUCCUUCCAUAAACUUUUUCUCAUUUCAGCAAACGUGAUAAGCUGAGGAACCACCAAUCGCUCAUGGGAAACAAGCAGUUUUCAAGUUCAGAGCCUUAACGUAUAGUGACACCUUGUGGUGCCUCCCAUUGCACAUAGCUCAAGCUGAGUUCCCAUUAGAAACAGUGGUUUGAUCAUGUUCUCCAAUCUGCAAUCAGCCCUAGAUAAAGACCUGCACAUCCUAAAGCACAAAAACUAUUGCAAUUCUGCCUCUUAAGUAUCUUAGCUUGAUAAAAUUUACAUUUUACUUAAAUUGUUUGAAACAGUUGUUGAGAAAUGCCAAUAGCUGUGCUCCCAUUGUACAUUUGCGUAAAACUUGACAGAACUUAGAAUUGUAAAAAGAAAAAAAGAAAAGGAAAAAACACAGUUCAAGGUCAACCCUUCACAAAUUUGUGAUUUGGGCAGUGAUUUAGAAAUGUAAAAUACUUCGUAGUCAAUCGAUCUUGACUUCAAGAUUAUUUUUUAUUCAUCAAAAUUAUGACACGUAAACUAUUUGACAAUAACCAAUACUGCAGUCUCAAUUAAAGCCAAGGUGUCUGUAAU